GCGCUUGCUGAGCUGCACAGAAAGAGGGGUGAAAGUGCAUGACACUUUCAUGAAAGUGAAGAACGCCGUGUAACAACGGCGUGUUUGCGUGCUGCACACAUCUCGGAUGUCACCCGCAGUCAAAAAUAGCGGCCAACUAAGAGCUACUUGGCACGCUUGGACCUUCCCCAGUCGUGGGACGGCGACGGUUGCUGAAUGGAGCGAUUUCAAGUACACGUACUACCUACAGCACACGCCUCCUUGACUUGAACUUCCUGUCAUCUGGGGCUGAGAUUUACAGCAAAGCCUCUUCAGCGUUUGCUCUGCGCGUGUGACCUACCACGCCGCCUCCUCCUCCUCCUCCUCCUCCUCCUUCCGCUCCCUCGCUCCCGGAACAUCGUGUCCUAUAUGCGGCCACAAUGACAGCCAAGCAUCGGAAGGGGAAAAGCAACCACAAGCACGAAGAGGACCAAUUCAAAAGUGAAAUUCCCGAAUCCGAAGUUCGAGCUGGAGGGAAUAGCUACACGUUUGCGUUGUUUUUAUGCCUCGUCGUUGUAUUCGGCGGGGCCACCGGAACAUGGUUCUGCUACCAGCAGCACCUGACCGUGACCCACUUGACAGACACCCUCACGAGCAUGCAGAUGAAGGUGGUGAAGCUCCAGGCGUCACAGGAGACCGUGCGACAAACUAACGAGAAGGUGCACUUUUCGGAUGAUGUAGAAAGUCGCCUCAAUGCUCUGGAAGAGUCGUAUGUGUUGGCCCACAAACAGGUGGAUGAAGCCUUAGCUACCACAGAGCAGCUCAAAACAUUGGACCUCCCCGCUCAGGUGCUCUCACUCCACACAGAGAUGAAAUCCCGCCUGGCUGAGAUCCAGCAGACCACUGUGUUUAUGGAGCAGCUGAACCAGCUGCAGGAAAAACAUCAGGGGAAGGCUGAGGAGUUUGAGGGGGUCAGGCUUCAGGUGGAGGGUCUCGUUACGUCGAGCGCUGACCUAUCUAAGCAGGUCCAAGCUGUGAUGGGGCGCCUGGAAAAGGCAGAAGCCAUGCUGGAUGAUGUUGCCACUCUGAGGAACAUCCUGAAGAAGCAGACUGCACACCUGAUGGGCCUGCAGGUUCAGCUGAAGUCGUAUCAGACCGAGAUGGCAACAUUCAGAGAAUCUCUGCCGAUUGAACGCUCCGAGCAGUUCCAGCAGGCCGACGUGGAGGAACAGAUCAGUGCAGUUCGAAUGAGUGUUCGGGAACAGAACUCCGCCACCCGCAGCCUUCACGCAGAACUCAGGGCUCAACUGGACAACCUACAAUGGCAGGUUACACAGCUGGUAGGAGCUGUUCAAUCUGUAUCAGACCCUGUGCAGCAAGCUAAGGAAGAGGAUGCAGCUGCAGAAAAGCUAACCAACCUUGGAGCAGUGGAGUCUGACUCAGAUGAGCCGGUGGAGGAAACUUCAGAUGACAAGGCUUAUUUUGAGCAGAUGGAACAACCGCUUACCUCUCCGGAAGCUGCAGAAACCAAUGCAACACACACAGAAGGGGAGGAGCCUAGUUUGGAGACGGUUCGGAGUGAUGAAAAGCAGUUCCUGGAGGAGUUAUUGCUUGUUGAGGGUGAAGCCAACCCAGAGGACACUGAUUAUGAUGAUAAUGAUGACAGAAUAGCUGAGCAAGUUGAAUCAGAAGAGGAGAUUGACAAUGACGUUGAACUGUAGGACAAAUGCACCAGAAGACAAUGUUUGUGAGACAUGGGGAAGAACUCCUUCAGUCAACAGUGACAGUAUGACAAAUAGUGAGGCAUCAGGUGCUUGCUCUGUGCGCAGCAUACAGUACAACGGGUGAUGCGGGUGCUCCGUGAAAGACAGCUAGUUGAGGAAUUCGGCCACUAAACUGAAGUCGGAUUACAAGAUUUCAGGUUUAUCUGUCAAUAACCUCACAAAACCUCCAAAGCCUUAUUCUGUAAACACUUUCUGUCUUUCAGUUAACUAUGUUCUACUUCUUCCAAAAUCUGGGUUGUGCACUACACAACAACAUGCAUUUUCUUGUUAACUCAAAGCUGUCGGGAUAUGGUUUGCUUGUUUGCAGGUCUGAGGAGGAAAAAAAAAUGUGGAGAAAGAACAAGGUUAGCUGUAGAGCUUGGAAAUUUUUAGAAAGAAAUGGGUGUCACACAAUCGGUUUAAAAAAUUAAAUAUGUGUAGGAAGUUUUAUAAUUGUUGGUAGGGUUUUUUUGUUGUUGCAUAUUUCGCAGUAAAACGCAACUGCCACCAAUUUAGAUAUGUGUGAUUAGUUCAAAGUGCAUCUUUUUUUUUUUAAUGUUAAUAUUUUUUCAACAAACAAAAAAAAUUAUAUAUUUUUGUGCAUUAACUUACAAAUUAAGAUGACAAUUUCCAGCAUGAAAAGAACCUAGAUCAGCGAUGGGAAAACUACGGUCCGCGGGCCACAACCCCACCCAUUGAUCAUUUCAAUCCGGCCCGCCAAAGAUUGGUACAGAAUCGCCCAAAUCAUAUCAAAAUCAUGACUACAUUCAUUUGACCUUGUCCCCCAGGUUGUGCUGUAAUGCCGAGUGGUUCCACCAAGUUGUCCUGUAAUGCACAGUGGUUCCACUAGGUAGCGCAGUAGGUUGGCUGUUCUGUUUUUACUCUGCUGCUGCUCUGAACCCUUCUUCAACCAUGAGUGGGCCAAAGACAAAAAAAAGUCGACAGUGCGUGCCGAGUGUUUAAUAUAGAAUGGACUACUAAAUACGUUUUCGCAAAAAUCCGGUCAAAGGCUGUAUAUCUAAUUUGUUAAGAAACCAUUGCGGUUUUAGAGGAAUAUAACAUCAGCUGUCACUUUUCUACCAAGCAUGCUGAUUAUGCUAACAGCCAAUCAACGCAGGAACUGAUGCUACGGCUCAGCGGUUAAAAUAAAGCUUGCAGGCUCAGCAAAACACCUUUAUCUAACUGCCAUCCAAGAUUCAGUCACACAAGACCCUGAAACAGCGCCACGGGAGCUGCAGAUGGAACUGAUUGAUCUCCAAUGUGAUACUGUCUUAAAAGAGUUCAUAUCUCAAAUUGGAUGAGUUUUAUGCUUCAUUAAGCAGACAAAUGUACAAAAAUACGGAAGAUGGCACAGAGGAUGCUGUGUUCCCAUUAAAAGUAAAUCUAAGUAUUAACACUAUAGUUUUAAUUUUUUAAUUUUUAUUUAUUUUUUUAUUCAUAUAUAUAUAUAUAUAUAUAUAUGUAUGUAAGCAUCUGGUCCUGGCUUGGCCCACCUGUCAAAUUUGAAGUCAAUGUGGCCCCUGAGCCAAAAAGUUGGCCCACCCCUGACUGAGACCUUGGGCUUCUCAGGGCCAAAGUGUUCUCCUGAUACAUGUGUGUUGCUUAUAUAAGUAUGCAUAGCUAAUAUACAAACAUAAUUCAUAUUGAUCUCCCGACCAACUGAAAGACACUGCAGCUUGUUAGUUAUGUUUGGCUACAGUAAUUCUUUUCUGUGACGAAGAACUUGUAAUCAGUAUGUUAUUGCUUAUCUUGUCUGCUGAGGAAAUAAAAAACAUAAGACCACAGCUGAUUGAUGCGAGGUUUAGCUAGUCACCGUCUGCAUAAUCAGAGUGCUAGUUUAAAAAAAUAAAAUAAAUUCUCAAGGUAACAACUCGAGCCCAAAGAGUGUAGGCACCGACUUGUCACAGUCACAUGACUACUGGGAGACUCACAGGGAUGCGAGCCAUCAAAUAAUGACAACAACUAUGCAAUGCAGAAAAAGCUGUGCUUUUUUGGUAAACAUUCUGAAACAAUAUUGUUUAUUCAUGUUUCACAGACUGGUUUACUGUACCACAGUACAGUAUUCCUUUUAAGAACUGCUGUACGUUUGACCCAUGAUGCACCUAAACUAAGGUGAACUGCAUUUUUACGCUGUCUUUAAAAUAAACUAAAUUGUUCAGUUUUGUAAAGUGACUUUGUGUCAUAUUCAUGGUUUUGUUGAUCAUGCCAGCAACCCUGCGAGAAGCAGGGUACACAAGAAUGCCAUAGUAAAAUCUCUUCAGAAAGUCAAAUAUCCUAACCCUUUUACUGCCUUAGCUAACUUAAUCUUUGUGAUCAAGGAAAAAUAAAAAGGCGUUUUCUUUUGAACAUUGGAAAACAGCACUGUUUGAAAUGAAAAGUCGGUAAACCUAUGCGGUGGCCUAUUGCUUAAAUAUUGCCGCAUGCUGUUAAGGAUUAUGGAUAGCAAAUUUUCUUUUCUUUUCAUGAAGGUUGAUCAGGAGUAAGAUAUGGUAAAGGUUGGUUAAAGGUUGCAUAAAGCCAAUUCCUUCAUGUACUUCUGGAUCAUUUUGCAUGGAUAGAAAUGGAAAGUUCCCAAGGGGAAAAAAAACAGGUCCCAUGCAAAUUCGAGACAGGAAAGCCAAAUUUCGAACUCCUAUCCUCACUACUGUGAGGUAGACAUGCUGUAGCGCCCUCUAAUAACAGACGUGAGGCUUCGAGGUCUUUUAUUCCAAUGGUAGUGGUGGAUGUGAGAAUUGGGUUACAAGAGAUAAGAAAGUAAAACAAUUAGUAGAAUGUAUGCCGUACAAUGCGAGGUCCCUGUAGCUAUGUUCUUAAAUUUGUCAUUGAUCACAUUGUAAAUAAAUGUACAUGUACUGCUAAUUACACUUAGCAAUUGUAGCGCGGUAGCACAGUAGUGGAAAUGGGUAAAAUAACGUCUUACUGUAUCUGUGAUGCAGAUCAAAUUUAACAAAUGGCAACACUGGAGCUUCAGCGAUGCAUUUGUAUGGUUAUUUCUGUAUUGUCUUCAUUCUGAUGUCCUAUCAUCCUUAAAGGUUGACACAAUUGUGAUGCAGCAUGUGUAUUUGUUAUGCAGUGAGAAACAAUUUAUGUCUUCUCACAUUAUCUUUUUAGGAGACUGCUAAUUUUUGUAUUGCACAGUUUUAUUGGCUGAUAGUCUUCUUCCACCCCAUUCAUGGGGUGUUAAGCUUGAGGCCCUCCCUUCAGAUAACAAUGAGUAAGCUUUUGGUAACUUGUAUUGUAAAAGACAAGCACCUCCAUGGUCAAGCACUGGUAAAUUAACACUGAUCUAUCUACUGUGUCAAAGCUUGGAUGCAAGUGUGAGCAGUGAGUCUAUUGUAUAAAUAAUACAAUUUAUUAUUUGGACAAGUGAAAUCUGUAUUGUUGAAAUAUGCCGUCUGUCUCAGUAAAGUGUAUAUCUGAAUCACUUUGACAAACAAAAAGUCAGAUUUGAUUGAUUUUGUACUGUAUGUUACCACCACCACCCAUGCCCUUCCUUUCCCCUCCACGCUCUCUGUCCUGUUUCCGUCCAUCUCUCUCCAUUUCUCUCUCGCGCUCUCGCUCAGCCUCUCCCUUUCAUCGCUGCUGCAGUGCUUCACUUUCUGACCUUCCGCUCGGAGCAUGCGUGCAUUGGUGCCCAGGUACGUUUCAUAGGGACUUGUUCUUCCCUUAAAUCUUUGUUUUUAAAUCUACAAAGUUAUAGUUUCUGUUUUUUAGGAAAUUUCCAAAUCCUCUCGUAGGCUUGUGCAGGCGCUGAAGGCCUGUUAAACAGAUGCCAUGUGAGGAUUUUACUAUAGGAAGUGAGAUGACAUUCCCCAUGAUUAGCUUUUUUAAAAUGAUUAUUUCAUCAGGAGCCCUAUAAUCCCUGCAACUACUUGUACAUUUUGAGGUGUAGCUCAAGUGAAGCUUUUUGUGUAAUGUGACAGCUGUUCUUUCUAUUACAGUGAUAGUCUUUAAUGUGAACUCUUUACUGCAUCUAAACAGCUAAUGGAUCUGAAGCCACUUGCUUUACAACAUUUGAGGCUUUAUCGUUGAAUCCAUGAAUGUGCACAGUCAUGUCAGUCCAUAGCCACUCUCGUUUUGCAAUGUAGAUUCAGCAGAGUGCGCUGCUGACCAGCUUGUCGAUUCUCAGGAUUCAGUGAUACUCCACAACAAGCCAAUAUACACUUUCCCAAAUGUACUAGAACAGUGAGGUAAAUUCUUUUAUUUGUCCUGUAGACUGAAAACAGUUUGGUUUGGAAUUAUAAGAUGAGCUUAGUAUUUCAUCUUUUAUUUCACGGUACAGUAUUUACAUAUGGAUACGAUACACAGUUUAGAAGAUGCAUUAUUUGUAACAAAACACCACAUUCUUAGGAGAGCAAAAGUAUUGGAACAGAUAGACUAAAGAUAUAUUAAAGACCUAUUAUUUAGUUGUAAAUCACUUGCUUGCAGCAACAGCAAUAAGCCUAUGUGACCCAUGGACAUCACUAAACUUUUGCAGUCUUGUUGUGUGAUAUGGCUUUCAUGGCAGCCUCUCUCAGCUGCUGAUUCUUCAGAAGCGUUUCUCAUUUCAGUCUACUCUUUAGCAUGCAAAUUGCAUGCUCUGGAGUAGUGAUUCCCAAUCAGUGUGCCGCUAGAGAUCAUCAAGUGUGUCACGGGACAUUAUCCAAUUACCCUUAAUUACCGUAAUCUGAAAAUUAUUUAUAACAAAUAGUAUAUCUUUGUUCAUCUAUCUACUGUAUGUCAGCGACAUAUAGUGACAGGCAGAAUAAUUACAUGCUCUUCCAUUAGAUGGCAGAUGCUACAAUUAAUGUGUGUACUCACGUUAACCAUUCAUAUAACUGAAUAAUACAUUUGUGUUCAUCUAAACAGGAGAAGAUUUUACAGAGGUUGCACAUUUUGGAGCAAAUAGAGGCAAUGUCAUCACUAUUUCAAUAUAUUUUAUGUGACUUUUUAUUUUAUUUAUUUUUUUUUGGUGCUGUGCUGUGAGAUUUUUGGAAUGUAAAAUAUCUGCCUUGGCUCAAUAAAGGUUGAGGUAUAUUGCCGUAGGGAUUAAGUCCGGGGAUUGAUUUGGAUCUCUGAAACAUUUUACCCUUUGCUUGGCCUUCCUUUUCCUCCCGCUAAUUAGUGGUUUGCAUCUUCUAGAGUAGCAUAUGUACGUUUGUUAUUGGCAGUGGCAUCAUUAGGCCUAUUUUAGCAGGGCUUCUAACUUGUCAAUUCAUCUGAAAUGCAGUGCAAAGCUCCUGGCUGUUUAGAUUAAAAUGAAGGGGGUUAUAGAGUAUUUGAGUAAGGUGGCACGGUGGACGACUGGUUAGCACAUCUGCCUAACAGUUCUGUGAACCGGGGUUCAAAUCCCGGCCCCACCUGUGUGGAGUUUGCAUGUUCUCCCCGUGCCUGCGUGGGUUUGCUCCGGGCACUCUGUUUUCCUCCCACGUCCCAAAAACAUGCAGGGUAGGUUAAUUGAAGACUCUAAAUUGUCCGUAGGUGCGAAUGGGAGUGUGAAUGGUUGUUUGUUUAUAUGUGCCCCGCGAUUGGCUGGUGACCAGUGCAGGGUUUACCCCGCCUCUCGCCCGAAGAAUGCUACGAUAGGCUCAAGCACGCCCGUGACCCUAGUGAGGAUAAGCGGAACGGAAGACAAAUGAAUGAAUGAAUAAUUGAGUAAUAAUUUUAUUCAACCAUUUUGGUCACAUAUGCAUACAAAAGUAAUCUAAAGUAUUUUGGAGCAAACAGUUAUUGUGUUGUGAGCCAAAGUCAUGUCAUUAGCCUCUAUUGAUCAGUUAUUAAUUAAAUUUGUUUCAAUAUAUCUUGAUAAGGAAGAAUUCACAGUCUUGGAGUAAUGUCAAUUGAAAAAAACACACUUCAGCAUCUGGGUCACAACAUAGUGAUAGACCGAUUUGACACCCUUAAAAACAGGCGGCAUUGAUUGAUGCUUCCAACCACCAUGUAGCUGGCGAUUGCAGUUGUUAAUUUGAUUUUGAUUACAUUGUGAACUCCACAAAGGUAAAUUAUUCCCUGUAUAUUUUUGUUAAUUGAAAAUGAUGAGCUUGGCUGACUUUGUGACAAAAGUGACCUUUUUUGCAUACAGUUACAAUGUGUACAUAUUUUUUGUCUUUUGAGGUUAACGCUGUAAAUACAUUUCCUAUGUUUGUGUACUGUAUGUUAAAAAAUGACACUACAAAUCUAAUGGUGACUUAGAACUUUAACACAGUAUUGUAUUGUUUUAAAAUCUGUCCAAAAAUCUUACAAAAUAAUUUCACAGUCUUCAUUAGCUGUUUGUGAAAUAUUGUGCUUGUGCGCUAUAUUCGCUCACGUCCUGUGUAUCUCCUGGGGACUAAGCCCCCCUUGUCCAUAAACCCUCGUGGUUCAUGGAGUCUUCUGCAAAUUGUAGAUUGUGAUACCUUCACUCCUACCCACUAAAGUGCUGAUGUAACUAAUGGUAAGGGCCUUUUUUAGAUUUCUCAGCCAUUCAGCGUCUGUUCCUUAAAACAUUUUGGUUUUUUUUCUUUAGGAUAUUCCAAAUGGCUGUACUAAUCAAUGUUUGAUUUUCAAAGAAAUGUCCAUCCUCAGCUUUUAACUUUGGUGUUUUUCCAUCCAUAGACACACCUCUGGUUUCUUCUUACUGUAGUCUGCACAGGCAAAACCCAAAUCUGAAACUGAGCGUAGACAUUUAGCACUCUCGCAUCCAUUUACAGUAUAUUGGAAUGUUUUGUUUUUUAAAUGAACGUCCUGUGUAAACUAACAAAUACUGCACAGAAUAUGACUUCUAUUCAAAACCAUAUAUUCAAGGUUAUCUAACAUUCAUCCAUCCAUCGAUUUCCCAUACUGCUGAUCCUCACUAUGGUCAUGGCCGUGCUGGAGCCUUUCCCAGCUGACUCUGGGCGAUAGGCACGGUAAACCGUGAACUGGUCGCCAGCCAAUAGGCAGGUUAUCUAACAUUUUUAGCUAAAUGAAAGCAACAACAUGUAGUAAUUUGACCAUAAAAUAAGUGCAUCAAAAUCCUGUAUGCUGGUUUGUAAUAUAGAGAGCAGUGUCUCAAAUUGUCUGCUUUAGUGGUCUAUAAUAAGAUAAGGAGACAGGGCACUUCUCCCGUUUGCUCUACCAUUAUCGUUAACGUUCUUGUUCAGAGUUGAGUGCAAAUGAUGAGCCAAUGUUCAUUUCGAUUUCAUACGAUUUUAAAACCGUCAACUGACAGUCAACUGUUAUUAGUGUUACCACAUACAGUUUAAUGAUUCGGGCCUUACUUCUUUAGAUUGCAGCUGUCAAUUAGUGCUGUGAAUUUGUGUCUUCAAUGGUACAAAGAAAAAAUAAAAAAUAAAGUAACUUUCAACAGGGCUGUGUAUGCUUUAAGAAAAAAAGCCUGUACUCUAUAUGGCUUUUGUGGUAGUCUUUCAAAUUUGUAAAAGAAAAAAAAAAAAGAAAACUGAUUUAAUGAGAGGGUGUGAUAUUAGUGUUCUGUUCUGUAGGGUUGCAAAAUUCUGGGAAGUGUGAGAUAAUUAACAGGAAUAAACUGGUAACAUGGCCGACUGGUUAGCACGUCUGACUCACAGUUCUGAGGACGGGUUCAAAUCUCAAAUGGAUGGAUGGAUGGAUGGAAACUAGUAACAUAUCAAAACUGAAGGUUCGUAUAAGUAUAUAGUAUUGUAAAACUAUGAACUUGCAUGUUGUUGAAAAAAAUCUGUGUGACUGUUCUAGUACCGGCGGCACGGUGGGCGACUGGUUAGAGCGUCAGCCUCACAGUUCUGAGGACCCGGGUUCAAUCCCCGGCCCCGCCUGUGUGGAGUUUGCAUGUUCUCCCCAUGCCUGCGUGGGUUUUCUCCGGGCACUCCGGUUUCCUCCCACAUCCCAAAAACAUGCAUUAAUUGGAGACUCUAAAUUGCCCGUAGGCAUGACUGUGAGUGCGAAUGGUUGUUUGUUUCUAUGUGCCCUGCGAUUGGCUGGCAACCAGUUCAGGGUGUACCCUGCCUCCUGCCCGAUGACAGCUGGGAUAGGCUCCAGCACGCCCGCGACCCUAGUGAGGAGAAGCGGCUCAGAAAAUGGAUCGAUGGAUGAAUGUUCUAGUACCAGACUUUAUCUGACACCCGUCAGGGAUGAAGAAGCAGAGUCUCAGAGGAAGGCGAAAUCUCGUCAUGCCAGACAGACCCGUAGAUCAACGCAGGUAAUUUAUGAAUGGUGAACAAAAGCCAAAACAUCACGAGACUGUGUGUGCGUGUGUGUGUGUGUGUGUUUGAUUCACAAGGCUGAGUGAAUGCUAUGCAGGGUGUAACUCUGACGGACUUGAAGGAGGCUCAGAAGAUCAACAGCCGCUCUGAGGAGUCUCUGCUUGAUGGGAAAGUGGAGGAUAGAGCAAUAGAAACCAAAAUCAGCCCAAGACUGAGUCACUCAGACGAGCAGGGAAACAUAAGACCCAAGUUACAAAGUGUUGCUGAUUUUACGGAAGUGUGCUGUCGGCCUCCGUUCACCAAUACAGGCAUAAACACCAUCAGAGGUCAUGUUUCUUAUUUGUUAUUGAUCAUCCAAAAAUUUUAAGUUUAUUUGCAGUAGAUGAAACUUUAUAUGUGCAGUCAGUGGAAGGAGGUGGAGGGAUGAAAAUCAGAACCCUCUUGAAGAAGAAGAACAGCUUACAUUUACAAAACACAGGAGCAGACGACAUCGAUGUGAUGGAUGCGAUGAAUCAGGCGGCGCCGUCGCAGAGGAUUGCCUGGAGGGCCACCAUGGGCUCUGGUGCUUGAGGGAAUCUUUACAUCUGUUAUCUGGAGAUCCAGAGAAGCUGUAGGAGGGAGAUGUCAUCCUACUUCCCCCGCACCAAAGACCUGACUCGUACCAGGAGCAUGACAGACUGUCAAGAUGUAUGCAGAGGCGCUACAGGAGAAUGAGCGUUUGAAGUCCAGGUUGCAGGACAGCAAACAAGAACUUGUCCACAUUCGUUCCCAGCUGGAAAUAGUGACUCAACGACAAGACAGGAUAGCAGAGAAAUCUACCUUGCUCGAAUCUGAGAAAAAGG